CCUUGAAUGGACCAAAUGGGGAGAAGUGGAAGGCGAGUGAGGAUGAGGAGUUCGGGUCCCUGAUUGAAAACGAGACAUGGGACCUGUGUGACUUGCCUCCUGGAAAGAAGGCAAUCACUUCCAAGAUGAUCUACAGGCACAAGUAUGGACCUGAAGGGGAGCUGACCCGCUACAAGUCUAGGCUUGUGGCACGGGGGUUUCAGCAGACAAAGGGGAAGGACUAUGAUGAGGUGUUUGCUCCUGUGGGGAAAGGAACAACACUGAGGGUGCUGUUAGCGAUAGCUGCACUCCUGGGAUGGAAGAUACGGCAGAUGGACAUUGUGACAAUGAGUCCGCUGUGAAGCUCGCCAAGAAUGCUUGUCUGCAUGGGCUGACAAAACACAUAAGGCCUAAGUGGCAUUGGGUGAGGAGACUCCUUGAUAAGGAGGUGCGGCUGGAGAUAGUGAAGACCCAUCAGCAGGCAGCAGAUAUUUUCACCAAGCGUCUGGCGGAGGCGGAUCAUUGGAAGGGCAUGAAGCUUGCUGGGAUGAGUAUUUUGAUGAUAGAUCUUGAGAAGAUCUUUCCGACGCAACAAGAAUCGCUUCAAUCGGAGCAAGAACGCGAAAGCUAUGAAGAUUCAAAGUUCAUGAGCUUGCGUUACAAUUGCGGCGGUUACAAAGUGAAGUUGUGGGGUGACUCUAUAUGGAGUUGGGACCUUUGGGGUUGGGGAAACUUGUCACUCUACUGUAACAGCUGCAAAUAGGUUGGGAACAACCAAGCUAGGUUGGCAAGGGUGGCCAACUUGGAUGGAUUGGUUGGGAAGGGACAAAGGUCAAAGUUGAGGUUCCU